UGAUUGCUCCGAAAUUAACGAAGAGAUUUAAAUAUCCAUAGCGUUGAGAAAAGGCUUGAAAAUAAUUUCUUUCUCAGCAGACGGACGACCCUCAGUUUCAUGGAAUCAGUUUUUCCUUGGCUUUUAAAAUACUCAGGAUUUUUUGGUACGUGACGAUAACUGGGGUUAUUCUGCCAUUCUGUUUGUACCGGAAGAUCAAGAGAGCGGCCUGUUUCGGGUGCCGAUCCAUUAUGAAGCCACAGACGAAGAGAAGUUUGUGCCUGGGAAGUUUCCUUGUGAUUGUCACAGUCGUGGUUCUGUACUCGUACUGUAAUGGAAAUUCUGUCUGCUACACGUUUCCCUUCCUAAGUGGACUGGACCGAGACAGGCUAGGUACCAAAUCACAAGCAGAAGUGGUAGUCGCUUCCGUUAUCGUGCAGACAAAGCGACCGUUGGAAAUGACAACACCUCUGAAAAAACAGAAAGGGUCAAUUUAUGAGACCUCAAGAAUACUUGGUGAUCUUCAUACGAAAAAUAAAAAAGAAGAAGAUGAUGGAAAGACUGUUAACGUUACUGUUGAAAAAGUUGAAAAAGUUGAAAAACUCCAUUUUUACCAGAACAGAACUAUUCAUCACACACAUUUGAUGACUGGAGUGGAGGAACAACAUAAUGAUACACGCGCAGAGAAGACGCAUGAUUUCAAAAAACACGUCUUGCCUCCUUCUGACAUAGUUGGAAAGAUCGCAGAAGAAAUUUUACGAAAAGCUAACGUAUCCGAAGAAGAAGCUAACAGGGAACUUAUGCGCGCCGAAAAAGUCGACGAAUAUGUCGACAGGGAGAGAGAACAAAGUAGGAGAAUGAAACAACACGAACAUUCUCUUCUGGAAAAGUUGAAAGAGUCAAGAAGUACUGGAGGAAAAAGCAAAGAGAAGACACUGGUACGAGUUGAAAGAGUAGACCUGACUGAUGAGGAGGAAGAGGAUGAAGUUCCAGCACAGGAAAAACCUGUCAAACAUGACAAACCUGUCAAACAAGAAGAACAUGUCAAUAAAGAAAAGCCUGUUGAAGCUUCUUACGAGGCGCGGUUUCAGAAAAGAGCUGCGUCAAGUAAUACAGGGAUUAAAAGGUUUACAGUAGAGAAAAAGAGCAACAAAACUUUGAUGAGCGAGAAUAAAAAAUCAUCGUACGAAAGAAGAUUUGGUAAAACAAAUAAGAUAAAUAACACAUUGAAUAAUACGUCUGCUGUAAAAAAAGGUGACACCGUUCCCGAUUCCAAAAGCAACGAAACGACGGAAACUAUUACGAUCACGCCCCCACCAUUCUUUGCCAAGUUUUUGAAAAUUACCGAAAAGGAACGAGAAAUGAUGGAUUUUCUUCAUAAUUACACCGAAAGUAACGGAACGCUUUUUGGACGGGUGUUAAAUAUUACUCAAGAGAGGAAUGGUACCAAGAAUAAGGAGCUCGAUAUGGUGCAGGUGCGCGCUGAUGCAGCUCAUUUGCGUGAAAAAAGAGACGAUAAAGAAGGCAAUUUUCGUGAUACCCUUAAACCCUUGAUAGAUAAAUUGUUUGGAUCAAAUAAUGGCACUAAAGAUUUAAAAGAAUCAUUCAACUUGAGCGACAUUCUUGGAAAACUAACCAGUGGCAGGGCUAGUCAAAAUUUUCCUGCGACAGAUAACAAGCAAACUUCAUCGCUGGAUAGCAGGGCUCUUCUGGUGAAAUUUCUGCAACAAGGUGACCGUAGCAGAUCAGGCACACCUAAAAAUGACACUUCUGCUCAUACAGAUGAUGCUUACAUUAAAGUCAUUGGAACGAAGUUAGAAAGCGACACAAGUGAGCAACAGUCUCGACUAAAUCUAAAGAAAACCCUUUUAGAACUGGCAAAUCAUAUUGACCUAACAAGGCAAGAUAAUGAUUCGAGGACGACCAGUACAGAAAUUCAGGAAAAGAAGUCCGAUCUAACGAUCUUGUCGCUCCUAUUAAACCAAAGCACGUGGGAAGAUCUUCGCGAUUUUAACUUGAGCCGUGCUUUGAAAGAAAUCACUGGCAGUUCUUUGAAAGUAAAGCGACAUGAAAAACUCGAGGAUCUGGGGUCUGGUCAGACCCAUGCUCGUGUAAAGAUUAUACGACCAGAAGCAGAUAAACUAGCGGGGACUCGCAGACCGGAGUUGGUUUUCAAUGCAGUUAGAAAACCCAGCAACUUGUCAAAGAGCGAGGAAGGUCUCACGUCUUCGAAAUAUCUCACAAAUGCAACAAGCAUUGAAAAGCACGCAUCGGUUUCGAGUGGAUCUGGCUCAGGGGAGCUUGGGGAUGGGGGAUAUAGAAGCGUCGACUUUGAGAGCCAAAACAGUAAAACCUUGAGGGCAGUGGAGAAAUCUGAGACGAACAAACAAUCGAAACAUGGCUCUAAUGGACUUUUGAAGUUCGGUGCAAUCAGAUGCGAUGCCCUGGAUCCAAAACUGUUGUUGUAUAAUCGUAUUUUCAAGACAGGAAGUUCAACCACAGAAUUCAUAAUUACGAACUCGAGUUCAAGAAUGCAUUAUCACUAUAAAAUAGGAACGACAGAAGACUGGUAUGAUAAACCCAAGUCCCACCCAUAUCCUGGACUUAUCAUUAGAAAAGCCAACAACCUGAAGAAAUACCCGCGCAUGGCAUUUGUGGCGCAUUUUUACUUUCGAAGAAAGUUAAACUUACCGCAGGCUCAUACGUACAUCAAUCAAGUACGGGAUCCUGUUAGACGGCUAGUGUCUCACUAUCACUAUAUGAGAAGCAACUUGCGGCCUGCCUAUAGAAUUAAAGAAUUUCGCGCUUCUGGGGAACAGGGCGAAUCUUUAGAGAAAUGCUUCAGAUUGCAACAUAAAGGAUGUCAAAAUAACGUCAUGACGAGAUUUUUCUGCGGGAAACAUUCCUACUGCCGCAGAGGAAAUGGAAGGGCUCUUCGUAAGGCUAUGGGUAACAUCAAACGAUAUUAUGCCGCGGUAGGUUUACUUGAAAAUUAUGACGUUUAUCUUCAAAUACUGAAUAAGCGUCUACCGAAGUUUUUCCCGAAAAUCUCCCGCAAGGAUAUCGGUAAAUUUAAGUACAAUUCUGAAUAUAGAUUUGACGAUAUAUCUAAAGAUCUUAUCAGAGACAUCACCAGAGCCAACUGGGCAGAUGUGAAGUUGUAUCAUUUUCUGAAGACACGUUUUUGGCAGCAAGCGAAGGUUUGUGGAAUUACGACGAAACUAAACCAAGAACAAGUAUAUUAGCGGGAAGUCUUUGGUGUUGGUAAAAAUCGGAAGCAAUCGGAAACCGAUACCAAUUUUGCAUCGCGCUCGGAAAUAAAUGACAUCGCUUGUUCUUCGUUUUUUCCCCCCUGUACAUAGAAAGAGCUGCUUCAAAGUAAGCCAUAAACAAUUGGAACAUAUUUUUGUAUUAACACUAGAUUUUUUGAAAACAGCCGAGACUGGAUAGCGUCUUACUAAAUUGGAUGAGUUAUCCAAUGAACGUAAAGGAGUAUUGUAAAAAGGGAAAAUAAAAAGUUACUUGUA